AUGGAGGACGACGUCCCCGGGGGACCGCUCCGUCGCAUGUCGAGCCGGAUUCGGCGGGUUGCUCCGAAGAUGGUGGCGGCGCUCGCCAGCAGCGAUAAUCGAGAGCAGGUGAGGCUCGUAUCCUGCGGUUUGCCCGGUCCUUCUGGUCUAUAAUUUCUUCAUUUCCGUCGCGUUCCUGCCAUCGACGCUUCAGGAUUCUUGAAUAGGGGAACAAGCUAGAAUUCUCUCUCUGGUAUUCCCGAUUGCGGAGUCCCGGAAUCCGUAUGAUCUGAUGCACGUUGAAUCUGUUCGUGACAUGAUAUCGCUCUUCUGCGGUGCCUUUCCACUGCUCUUCCACCUGCAUCUGCAAGAUCUUGAAAACCCUUGACAGAACUAAAGAGGCAAAUUAUCUCGUCCUCCUGUGAUUUUCGCUUCUUCUAUUUUCCUUGUUGAAGGCGGCUCUUGCUCGUCUGGAGGCCUUGGAGAGCGACAAUGCGUUUGCAGAGGUUAUGGAGGUCAGCAGCGAAGAAGACGACUCUCUCGAUGGAGACGGUCAAGGUCUUUCCUCUUACCUUCUGUCCAUUUUUCCCAAAUCCAUGAGAAUCCUUCCUUCUUCUUCGCGAGGACAUCCAAAGCCGCGCGGUCUUAGGGUUUGGACCUGUGAACUGCACGAAGAUAUUACUCUGAAAUCUGAGGCAUGAUCAGUUCAGCGCAUCGACAUACCAGGAAGAGGAUGGAAGUGUGCUGUCCUGAAAGCCAUUUUUGCUCUGCAAUAGUCUCUCAGGCGAUGCCCGGUUGAUGCAGCUGGAUCACAAGACAUAAUCGCACUUCAAACCCUAAUUUUAGAAGCUCUGUUAUGUGAGAUUGGAUCAGCUGAAAGAAUCUUUUUCGAUGAUUAGCCAGUUUUUGGUCCGAGCUGUUAGUUCUGGCCUGAUUUCCGAUCUUGCGAAGAGCAAAAUCUAAUGGGGAAAAGGGCCUCCCGAUUUGGAUAAGUAGGAAAUAACCAGAGAUUAAUGCCAUUCUUUGAGAAGAUGUGUAGCAUCAGCGGGAGUGUUAGCUGAUUUAUUUGAUCUUAUUAUUAAAGAUAAGAAGAAGAAAACUGAGGCUGCAGCAGAAGGCCCACCAUGGAAACUGUAGAAAUCACUUGGAUUGGAACAGAUCUUUGAAGGUUCACCAAGAACACGGUGGAGCACGUAGAUCAAAUCCCAUCUCAUCAUAUUUCCUCUUUUUGAUAAGUUUGAGUAGAAAUAUCAAUUUCAUGACCCUUUGGAGCAGAUAGAUGUAUUUCUUGUUCAUGCAUCAAUCUUGUCUCUUCUCUGGUUCAAUGGCGAAUAUCUUUGAAUCAAGCAUUUUAAUCAAUCAAUCAAUCAAUCAAUCAAUCAAUCAAUCAUGUUCUUGCAUCAAUCGUGCAUGUUUUCUCUCUCUCAAUCAAUCAAUCUAUCUAUCUAUCGACCUAUCUGGGCAUGCUUCUGAGUUGGACCGCCGUGCCCAUUUUUUCUUCUGCGCGAUCUCAGCCCACAUGCAGAGGAGGCAGUCCAAGAAUAUGAAGCGGAAGACCAGACAAGGGAAAGCCAUGGAGAACGCAAAGAGGGCCCCCCGGACCUUCAUUGAGAUCCUCCAUGAUGUAGGUGCCCUAUGGACUUCGCUCUCUUCUCUCUCUCUCUCUCUCUCUCUCUCUCUCUCUCUCACUCACUCACUCACUCUGCUGUUCUGCUUUGCCGUUCUGCAGGCAAACUUGGAGGCGCUGCCGCGGCACGUGCCGACAUAUUUGAGGGCGGCCGUGGGGCCCCCGAGCGCGUCGGCGCGCAGGUACUUCUGUGCGGUCUGCGGAUUCGCGGCGUGCUACACGUGCGUGAGGUGCGGGGCAAGGUUCUGCUCGUGCCGGUGCCAGGUGAUCCACAACGAGACCCGAUGCCUGAAGUUCAUCAGCUGA